AUGGCCGUGGCAGACAAGGAAGCACAACCACCAGCAAGUGCUCCAUGAUUCUUUUUACCUCUCGCAAACAUACUCAAGAGAGAAGCAGAGAGAGACAUAACACAUUCAUUAAUUUCAUAGUAACCUGUAACCAUGAGCGUCUCUCUGUUAAUCGCCUUCACCGUUCUAGCACUCUGUAUACACACUUCAACAUCCGAGUUCGUACAGUUUCAGCUAUCCACCAUAUCAGCUGCACCUUCGUUUUUGCCUGAAGCUCCAUCGAGUUUCUCAGCUUCUCCUCCGGCCAUGUCUCCGGAUGUCUCCCCUCUGUUCCCUACUCCAGGUUCGAGCGAAAUGUCUCCUUCCCCGUCAGAAGCUUCAGUGAUGCCGACAAUCCCUUCAAGCCUUAGUCCACCAAACCCGGACGCUGUCUCUCCUGAUCCUCUGCUCGAAUUUUCUCCAGUUGGGUCCCCUCUCCCUGCUUCAUCCUCUGUUAGUUUGGUCUCAUCACCACUCUCCUCUCUGCUUCUUGUCUUCCUCAUGUCUUUCUGCAGUUUUCUAGUAAUCAUAUGGGAAACAGCGAGCGAGUAAGCAAGCCUUCUCGACAUCUUCUACAAACAA